AUUUAAUUAAAUAUGUAGAGAUUAUAGGGUGCCACACUCGGUCUAUGGAGUAGCUUUACUCCAGUACCAUAGUAUGCAUUCGCAACAUUGAAUCUAAAGUAAUUGAAGUAGAGAAUGAAGUCUGUGGGAUCAAUUAGAAAGAUUACAAAGGCAAUGAAGAUGGUUGCUGCUUCUAAAAUGAAGCAAGAUGUUUAAAGAUUAGAGAAUGGAAAGUACUUUGGAAUUCGUUCAGUCUAAGAUUUAUUUGCUUAAGAAACUUAUCUAUAGAAGAAGCAAUUGACAUUUAAGAUUAAUAAGACUUUGAUUUGUCCAAUUACAUCUGAUAAAGGACUUUGUGGUGGCAUCAAUUCCUCAAUCAUAAGAGAAACAAGAAGUAUUGUUAGAUAGAAUCGUAAUGCUUAUAAAUUAUUCUUGGUCGGUGAGAAGGUAUUAAAUACAAAUUUAAUUAUAGUCUUUAGGAGCAUUAUAAAGAGGAUUCCCAGAAUUGUUAACAUAGGCUGUCACAGCAAUUUAAACACCAAUUAAUUUUGUUAAUAGUUCUUCUAUUGCUCAUUAAAUUCAACUUAAUGCUACUGAGGAUAUUGAUUAAAUUGCUAUUAUUUUCAAUUAAUUCAAAAAUGUAGUUCAAUAAGUUGUUAAGAGAGUAGAUUUACUUAAUAGAAAGAACUUUAUUGCUUAAUUUAGAUUGGUUACUAAAUAUGAUACUGCAGAACCAGAAAAAGAAUUCGUUUAAAAUUAUAUGUAUGAGUACUAUUUAGCAACUGCAUUCUAUCAUGCUAUGUUGAAUAAUUUUGCUAGUGAAACUUCUUCUAGAAUGAAUGCUAUGGAAAAUGCUUCCAAAAAUGCAGGAGAAAUGCUUGAUAAGUUGACUCUUGAAUACAAUAAAGUCAGAUAAGCCAAAAUUACAGUAGAAUUAUGUGAAAUUAUUUCAGGAGCCUCAGCUGUUUGAAAAUUAUAAAGACAAAUAUAUACAUAAAAAUUUACAUAUUUAUAUAGUAU